CCAAACAAACAUAAUAGAUAACAGUAGGGAUGAAUGACUAAGUCAAAUUUGGAGAGCAUCGUAAGGUAAAGAUUAGUUAGAGAGAGAGACGAAGACUUGAAAAGUCCACUCGAGUCUUCUUCCAAUAAUCUCAAUUCUUUGUUACAGUAUCUUUCAAUCUCAUCUUCUUCCUCAAUCCUCUUCCACACCAACCACAUGUUUCUUCAUCUAUUGACUCUCUUUAUUUCUCUCUCUCUCUAGAUUUUUUCUAUCACAACUAUGGAGAAACUCUGUUUUAGAUACUCUGUUUCUCUCUUCAUGACAAUUGUAGCUAUUGUUCUUCUUCUUCCACGUCACACUCUUUCCGCUACUUCUCCAUACUCUCGUCCCGAGAAGUUCUACGUCAACUGUGGGUCGGAUUCUAACAUCACCUAUGGUGGUCGGACCUUCGUCGGAGAUAUGAUCUCCGGUGGUAACUCCCUCUCCUUCAGCAGUAAAGGAACCGAAGCCAUCAACCAAUCCGGACCGGGAAUCUACGGGACGGUGAGGAUAUUCAGACGCCCUUCUUCUUACAACCUCCAACUCGAUUCUGUCGGUCUACACUUUGUGCGUCUCCAUGUCUCCUCUCGGACAGACCUUUUAACUUCUCGCUUCACCGUCUCCGCCACUUCUGGCUCCACUCACCACUUCAAAAGUUUCUCGGUUCAGAACUUCACCGAGACUCCACGAGUAGAGGAGUUUCUCCUGAUGAUCAACUCGCGGAAACUCGAAAUCCGGUUUGUUCCUGAACCUACCUAUGUAGCUCUUGUCAACGCCAUCGAAGUGUUCUCCGCUAAUAACGACCUCGAGAUUACGCCCGAGUCCGACAAGAAUCUCCAUACGGUUUACAGAUUAAACGUAGGAGGGCAGAAAGUUACUCCUGAAAACGACACCUUGGGACGUACCUGGUCGCUAGACGACGACUUCCUCUACCAAAGAGAUGCUGCGAGAAACAAUAGAACAGCGCAACAGCCUAACUACGAUUCGGGUUCGGCCACGGAGUACACAGCGCCUGCUUUCGUCUACCAGACGGCUAAAGCAAUCAACCGCAGCUCGAGCGACCAAACGGAUAUGUUGAUGAACGUUACUUGGUCGUUCAAGGUGAAAAAUAAAACAAAGCAUUUCAUCAGGGCUCACUUCUGUGAUAUCUUGAGCGGUUCGCAAAGCCCCGACUCCGAUUUUUAUCUGUAUGUGAACGGGCGAGUGAGGAAAAACGUAAAUCCUUCAGAGCAGAUUAGGCUGGUCACUCCUUUUUAUAUCGACGUCGUGGACGUCUCUGAUGGGUCUGGACUCUUGAAUGUUAGCAUAGGUACUAAGGAGCCCCGUAAGGAUGCUGGUUUUCUUAACGGUCUGGAGGUGAUGGAGUUUCUGAACAAAUCAGAUUCUUCGGAUAAAAGUAGUUCCCUGGUUUACAUCAUUAUUGGUUGUGUUGCUGCUGGUUUGGUCUUGGUCUUGAGUUUGUUGCUUAUGGUUUUCUUGAAACGGAGGAGAUCGAAGAAGAAGAAGAAGAAACCAGAGGAGGAGGCAACUGUAUGGUCUCCUGUGGAACUGUACAGAGGUGGGAGUUCCGACAAUAGACUAUUCGAUCCGGUGUAUAAUUCGCCAUUACGCACCAAUAGACCUUUCGAUCCGGUCCAUAAUUCGCCACUACGCAACCUAAACUUAGGCUUGAAGAUUGCAUUCGAGGACAUUCGGAGAGCUACAAACAACUUCGACCCCCAGUGGUUGAUCGGGAAAGGCGGUUUCGGAGACGUUUACAAAGCCAUUCUUCCGGAUGGAAGCAGGGCAGCCAUCAAGAGAGCGAAGACCGGUUCAGGACAAGGGAUACAAGAGUUUCAAACCGAGAUCCAAGUCUUGUCAAGAAUCCGGCACAAACACCUCGUUUCUCUAAAAGGCUACUGCGACGAAAACGCGGAGAUGAUCCUUGUCUACGAGUACAUGGAGAAAGGUACGCUUAAAGAGCAUCUCUACGGCUCGGAUAUGCCUUCGUUGACGUGGAAACAGAGACUAGAGAUAUGCAUUGGAGCAGCCAGAGGAUUGCAUUAUCUCCACAGCGGCUCGGAGGGAAUCAUCCACAGAGACGUCAAAUCAACAAACAUACUACUAGACGAGAACAACGUCGCCAAAGUUGCGGAUUUCGGGCUCUCGAAGCUCGCGGUCCGCGAACAAGAUCCGGUCAAUAUCAGCAUGAACAUCAAAGGGACGUUCGGUUACCUCGACCCGGAGUACCUGCAGACGCACAUCUUCACGGAGAAAUCGGACGUGUACGCGUUCGGAGUCGUACUCCUGGAGGUUCUGUGCGCGAGACCUGCUCUCGCGCACGACCUUCCGCACGAGGAAGUGAACCUCGCGGAAUGGGCGUUGUUCUGCCUAUCGAAAGGGAUAGUCGACGAGGUUUUAGAUACGAAACUGAUUGGUCAAAUAGAGGCGAGUUCUUUGAGGAAGUUCAUGGAGAUUGUGGAGAAGUGUUUAAGGGACUGCGGCGAAGAGAGGCCGAGCAUGGGGGACGUGAUCUGGGAUCUUGAGUAUGUUCUGCAGCUUCACAUGACGCCGGUUCAGAGAGAGCCUCACGAGGAUAGCACCAUGACGAUCUCGGGCGUGGGAGGUGGAAACUCGUUGGUGGUUCCGAGGUUGAUGGUGAGUGAUUCGUUUAGCGAAAACUCGUUUGUUCAGAAGAAGAGCAGCGAUGGAGAUUCAUCCGAGACUCAGGUUUUCUCCCAGUUGAAGAUCUCUGAAGCAAGAUAAAAAGGCUUUGCGUUAACCGGGUUUCCCAAACUUACCGUGUCCAUACCGGUUAACCGGUAUGGAAAUCUUAUCCAAUUUGUCCGUUUGGAAUUUAUAGAUUUAAAAGUUGAUAAAAAAAUAUUAUAGAUUUAAAAAGUGAUGAAAUAUUUUUCAAAAUUUUUUUUGUGUAAUGAUUGGAGUUUUUUUCUUCUUUCACAAAUGUAAUGAUUUUAGUUAUUAUAUUUCA